AUGACGGGCGACAUGAUUACGGUGAUGCAAAUUACGGAACGUCCGACUUCGCUACACGUACUGGAUCCGUCUACCUUUGACGAUGAGAAUUGUCUCGUCGUGAGGACCCCGGAUGUUACAUCGGUGCAAUCGGACGCGACGUCGGUCUCUUCGCAAUCUACUUCUGGGGCAGACGAGUUGUCCGAUAAAGAUGAGGGUAGCAGCUCGUGUGAUGAAUCGGUUGCGGACCCGAAAGAACUUGCCUCGAUCCCAGAAAAGCUCAGAAAUGAGUGCGCUACUAUUCUGUCCGCCACUCCCGAGCAGUUCGCCCUGGAGCACGAUAUGAUCUUGAAGGAUCAGAAGGAUCAACAAGACGACGGUGCGGUGGCCAUCGCCAGGGGUCGAGCCAUGUUCAACAGCCGCGCAAGUUCGGCGAGUCUAUUUUCGGUGAAUUUGGGAAAAAUGCGAACGAUGAGGCUGUUUUUCUCAAAUCCGGAAAAUACGUCUGGGCAGCUUGUCAUAGCCACCCACGACUCGCACUACAAAAUUCUCCACUUUCACCACGGUGGGCUCGACAAGCUGGCGCAACUCUUUGAGCAAUGGUCGGCGAUCAAGGCGAGAUCGGUGAAAGAGGGCAGCCCCUCCCCAGCCCCGGAUCGUCAUCUCCUGAUUUGCCAACCUGCCGUUAAGAAGAACGAGCUUGAUCCGGAAGAUGGGCUGUUUGAGAGGGUGCACUGGGAUUACUGGAAGACGUUCAAAAAUGCCGAGGGCGCAAUUCAUGAUAGUCAGACGAUCCGGAAGGCCCUCUACUUUGCAUCCAUGGAGCCCAAUCUUCGAAAGGAAAUCUGGCCCUUCCUACUCCGCGUGUACCCUUGGGAAUCGACGGUGGAACAGCGAGAGACGAUCCGAAAUGACCUGUUUCUCGAGUAUCAGAAUAUUAAGCGAAAGAGACUGAAGAAAGCGGUCAGCUCGAAGCACUGGGAUGGGCUGGAAAAUACGGUAGUGAAGGAUGUCGUGAGAACAGAUCGAAAGAAUCCAUUCUUCGCCGGGGAUGAGAACCCGAACGUCGACAUGAUGAGGGAUAUCCUCCUCAACUACGCUGCGAUGUAUCCAGAUGUUGGAUACAUUCAAGGAAUGUCGGACCUCUUGGCUCCACUGCUCAGCACUUUAAAAGAUGAAUCUGAGGUCUAUUGGUGUUUCGUUGGGCUGAUGCAACAGACGUUGUUCAGCAAGUCGAGUGAAAGCCUGAUGGAGCAGAAUUUGGAAUACCUUCGUGAGCUCAUCAAGCUCCUCGUCCCCGAGGUGUUCAGCUACCUCUGGCAGCUCGGUGGUGAUUCGUUGCAGUUCAUGUUUGUGCACCGGUGGAUUCUGCUAUUUUUCAAGAGAGAAUUCGCCGAAUCUGAUGCGCUUCACAUCUGGGAGGCGUGUUGGGCCCGAUACCGUACCCAAUACUUUCAUCUAUUCGUUUGUGUCGCGAUUGUAUCCAUUUACGGGCCCGACAUCAUCUCACAAAAACUCCCGCACGACGAGAUCUUGCUCUAUUUCUCAUCCCUUGCCAACCAUAUGGAUGCUCGAGUGGUGUUGAAGAAGGCCAGAGGGCUUUUACACCAUUUUGUGAAUAGGGAAAAGAUUCCGUGCUCGUUGGCAGGAGUCGUCGAGUCGAGCGGGAUGUCACAAUGGGAUUCGCACAAGAAGCUACAGGCCUAUGAAUGUGUUAAGAAACACGGCGACGACGAGCCAUGCCCAUAUGCC